AUGUUUGGAGGUACCGGUCAAUUCUCGUUUGGUAGUACGGCACCAUCAAAUCGUAUGUAUUGUAAAUUAAUAGAUUUUAGUUUACCUUUUUAUUUAUAUCUUACAGCUUUUGGUGCAACAUCCACAACUACAGCUCCAGCUCCGGCACAAACUGGAUUUCUAUUUGGUUCUUCAACUACACCAGCAGCUGGUACAACUGCUCCUUCUGCAUUAAAUUCAACAUUUACAUUUGGUAAUCCAACUGCAACAACACCAGCACCCGCUGCAUCACAACCACUUACAUUUGGUACUGGAUUACAGAGUUCAUCAACAAUUCGUCCAUUUGGUAGUACAACUGCAUUUGGUAGUACAACAACAGCAACAGCACCAACUACUGGAACAACAGGUUUUGGUGGAUCAUCUUUAUUUGGUGGAGCACAACCAACAACUCAACCAACAUCCAUAUUUGGUGCAACACAAUCAACAUUUGGUGCAGCUCAACCUGCACAACCAGCAAGUAUAUUUGGUUCAGGAUUAACAGGAACAACUCAAGUAGGUACAACAGUUAAAUUUGAAGCUGUAGCUGGACAAGAUACUAUGCGUACAAAAAAUAAUACAUUUCAAACAAUAAAUACUAAACUUCAAUGUAUAUGUGCAAUGAAAGAAUAUAUAAGUAAAUCAAUGGAAGAAUUACGUAUGGAAGAUUAUCAAUCGAAUCGAAAGUUUGCAGCAGCAACUUCGAUGUUUGGUGGAACAAGUUUUGCAUCAGCAACACCAUUUAGUCCAGGAGGAUUUGGUGGUACUACUACUACAGCAUUUUCUGCUGCACCAACUGCAUCAACAACAUCAAGUAUAUUUGGUAAUGCUGGUACAACAACAGCAAGUCCAUUUGCUGCACCAGCAACAUCAGCAACAUCAUUUUCAUUUGGUACAAGUACAGCACCAACAACAAGUAUUUUUGGAACACCUGCAGCUACAACAGCUAGUCCAUUUGGUACAGCAACUUCAACAGCACCAGCAACAACAUCAAUAUUUGGUGCAACACAACCAUCAACAAGUAUUUUUGGUUCAACAACGACAGGAAGUCCAUUUGGUGCUAAACCAGCUACAACUCAACCAGCAUUUGGUUUUGGAACAGCGACAAGUACAUCAACACCAUUCUCUUUUGGAUCUCAACCAGCUGCAAGUACAAGUAUAUUUUCUCAGCCAACAACGACCACACCUUUUGGUACAACAGCUCCAACUACGACAACAAAUAUAUUCGGUGUGCCAACUUCGACAGCAACAGCAGCUCCAGCACUUGGAAAUCCAUUUGGUGCUCAACCAACUACAACUAAUAUAUUUGGUACAACUACAAGUACAGCUGCACCUGUUUUUGGUGCUGCAACAAGUACACCAGCAUUUACAGGUUUUGGUUCUAUGGCACCAACAUCGACAACAAACAGUAUUUUUGGUACUCCAGCUGCAACAACAGCAACAGCAAAUCCAAUUUUUGGUGGUUUUGGCGCACAACCAACUGCAUCAAAUGCAACACCAUUUUCGUUUUCAACAACAGCAACAAGUAGUGCACCAAGUUUAUUUGGAGGAACACCAGCAACAACAACUUCAUCAAUGUUUAAUCCUCAACCAUUUGGUGGUUUUAAUUUAUCACAACCACAACCAACAGCACAACCAGCAAAUCAAUCAUUUGGUUUUUCUGCACCAUUUGGAUCGACACAAAAUUAUAAUGCACCAGUAAAUGUUGCUCAAACACAAGUUCAACAACCAGUUUCAUUAAUUCAACAACGUUUUCUUGCUGCAUCACUUCUUGAUCCAUUUGCUAGUCGUGGUAAAAAAGAUUUUAGUAAUGCUGAUCAAAUAAAACCACCAACAGAUUUAAUUGUUGUUUCAACUUCAUCAACCGCAACAACAACAGUAACAACAUCAACAUCAACACCUAUAACAUUACCAUUACAAUCAAAUUCACGUAAAACAUCAUCUGCACGUCCAUUAGUUGAUAUUUGUUUUAAAUUAAAACCUGUUUCAUCAUCACCAACAUCAAAUACAACAAAUGAUGAAACGAAAUCACCUAAUCAACAAUUACAUACACCAACAGGACAAAUUAAAAGUCCAUUAACAGCAGAUUUUAGUGAAGAAGAAGAACUUGUUUUAAUUGGAAAAACUAAAAUGUCAAAAUUACGUUUAUCAAAUGAUUUUAUGGAUUCAUCAUCAUUACAAUCCGAAUCUAUUCGUUCACUUUAUCCUAUGAGACGUUUAGCUGAACUUGAAACAUUAGCAAAUAUGAAUAAUAAUACAAAUAUUUAUGGAAUACAACAAUCAAAUUCAUCAUCAUCUUCAACAGCAACAGUUGAUACUGCAUCCGCUUAUGUUUCAUCAACAACAGUGAAUAAUGAACAAACUUUACAUCCAUCAAAUAAUAAUCGUGGAAUGUUACCACUUCAUCAUUCAACUCCAUUAAUUGUUCAUAAACAACCAUCACCUCCAGUUUCUCAACCAUCAACAACAAUUGUACAAUCACCAAAUUCAUCAUCGCCACCACCUGCAACAACUCCUCCUCCCUCUUCAUCAUCAAAUAAUUCAUUACAACGAACAAAAGUUCAUAAAUCAAAUACAGAUAAUCGUGCUUAUCAUCUACCAAAAUUAUCACGUCAAGAUUAUUAUAUGAAACCAUCAUCAACAGAAUUAAAAUCUUUAUUUAGUGAUAAUGGUCAAUGUUUAGUAAAACAAUUUACAGUUGGUCAUGAAAAAUAUGGUUCAGUUACAUUCUAUGGACAAGUUAAUGUUGCUGGACUUGAUCUUGAUCAAAUUAUUGAAAUUGAUCGUCAUGAAGUGACUGUCUAUCCUGAUGAUAAUAAUAAACCAUCAGUUGGUGAAGAAUUAAACAUCCCUGCUCGUAUAACAUUACUUGGUGUUUAUCCAAUUGAUCGAACAACACGAGAAGAAAUCAUGGAUAUUGAACGUAUUAAAGCAAUGAAUUAUGGUGAAUAUUUACGUGAAGUAACAAAAAAAUUCGAUGGAGAAUUUGUUAAUUAUGGAAUAAAUGAUGGUUCAUGGACAUUUACAGUUAAACAUUUUACACGUUAUGGUCUUGAUGGUAGUGAAGAUGAUUUUGUUGUUGCUAAACCACCACCAGCUCAACAACAAUUACCAAAAACAAUUAAUACAAAUUUUCUUGAUCAAACAGUUGCCUUAAAUGAUACAUAUUCAUUAGCAUCACCUAAAUCUCAAGCAAUGGAUACAGAAGAAAAAGAAAAUACAACAUCAUUAAUUAAUCCACUACAACAACAACACCAACAACAACAUGUUCGUUUUGCUAAUCAAUCAUUAAUUGGUUUAAGACCAAAUAUUGUUGAACAAUUAGCACAAUCAAUGUUUUGCGAUGAUGAUGAAGAUGAUUUCGAUGGUUUUCAACAAGCAACUGAUCGAAUGAUUACAUCAACAAAAAUUAUUACAUCUGACAAUCGACCAACUCCCAUCAAUCGUGAGCCAAUAAUGGAAAAAAGUAGCAUUGCUGAUCAUGAUAAAACUCAAAUAACAUUUAAUGCUCCAACAAAACCUAUACGUGAACGUAUUUAUUCCAAAUUACCAAAAAAUGUUGCAAAUAGCCGUGGAAAAUAUUUUCGAACGAAUUUUUCACAUGAUCUUCAAUAUGGAUCGAUUGAUACUUUUAAUGAAACACGUAUUUUGCUUCAAAGACCAAUACAAUUUCCUGAACAAACAAAUAUUGAAUUAGAAAAUUUUCUUGAAAAAUAUUAUUCUUCAUGUGCACAACAAAUUGAAGGCAAAGGAACUGUACCACAUUAUCAAGUUCGUCAAGAUGCAGAUGUUGUUCAAAGAUUUCUUAAAUUUUAUACAGAAAUUUUAGAAGAAAAAAAUAUGGAUGAUCAAAAUUCAAUUCAAUCUUUAACUGAUUAUUCUUUACAAGUUCUUGAUUUAUGUCGUUUAUUAUGGGGACCUAUUGAAACACCAACAAAUGUUCAAUUAAUUAAUCAAUCUUAUUUUGAAGAACAAAAACGACGACGUAUGCUGUCAGAUUGGUUACAUCAAUGUAUAUUGUGUCAACCACCACAACAACAACAAUGGAUAAUGCAAAAUUGUGAAUUAUUAUCUCGUGGUCUUUUUCAUGAUUGUGUUAAAUUUGCACAAGAUGAAGGUGAUCUUCGAUUAGCAGCUCUUGUUCAUGCUGCAUCGGGUAGUAAUAAUGUUCGUGAUAUUCUUCGUCAUUGUGCGCAUGAAGAUAUUGUUGAUGUUUAUACAAAAGAUUUUCAACGAUCAAUUGCUAUUUUAUCUGGUGAAUUUAUUGUGAAAGGUCAAAAUUUAGUUGAUCAAAAUCGUACUAUUUAUUGGCAAAUGGCAUUAGCAUUACAUCUAUGGUUUGCUAAUUCUUCAUCAGAUUCAAUUUCAACUAUUGUUCGUGAUUUUGAAACUGCCUAUCAUGAACAUUGUUGGCUUGAACCAAUAGCUCAUUAUGGAAAUACAAAAUCUCUUGAUCUUCGUUGGAAAUUAUUAAAACUCUAUACCGAUGAUACAUAUCCACUUGAUAAUAUUUUCGAUGUUCAUUCAUAUACACAAAAUGCUUUUGAUUAUCAACUUAGUUGGAUAUUAUAUAUUACACUUCAAUCAUUAGGUAGUUAUCCAUUAUCCAUUGAGAAUGAUACACAUUUACAUGUUAAUUUUGCUCAACAACUUGAAAAUUUUGGUUUAUGGCAAUUAUCCAUAUUUGUAUUACUUCAUAUUAAUGAUUUAAUAAAUCGAGAAAAAAUGGUUAAUGAAUUUCUUCAUCGUCAUGUUAUAUCAGAUAAAGAUUUAUCACAAGAUGAACAAAUAUUAGUCGAUAAAUAUAAUAUUCCAUUAAAAUUAAUUCUAUCAACAAAAGCACAACGAGCUGAAUAUGAUAAACAAUGGAUGAAUGCUGUUCGUCUUUGGAUGGAUGCUAAACAAUGGAGAAGAGCACAUGAUACUUACUGUCAUUAUGUUUUUCAUGAUACACUUUUAAAAGGAGAUUAUGGAUUUGCGAAAGAUAUAUUAGAUUCAUUAGACCAUCAACGAGCAAAUAUUCCACAUUGGAAUAGACGUGGUGGUUUUGCACGACAAUAUGUAGAAUUAUUGAUUAUUUUUGACAAAAUUCGACAUGGACAGACAUCACUUUCAAAUCGUGUACACUCAAAUAUUCUCUCUCAAGUUCAUCGAUUAUGUGAUCAAUUAGCAGAUGUUACUUCAGAUAAAUAUUUCAAAAAAAUCAGUCUUAUUGAUAUAAGUCGUCGACUUUUAUCUAUUAUUAAUUAUUCAUUAAUUUGUUCAAAUAUUCCAAAUUUAACAAAUGAUACUGAGGAAAAUUUUGCAAAAAAAAUCAAUCUUUUUCAUCAAUCACUAUAUUCGAGUGUACCUUGUUCACUACCACUUGAGAUUUUACUUGAACAAAUUGAUUCGAAAUAUCGUUCUCAUCGUCAUUAA